GCGAUACGGGCGGUGCAGCGCAGCCUCCCCGCCCCGCGCUCCCCGGACAGGCACCUGCAGGUAAGCAGCAAGCAUGAGCUUGGCAACAUGCGACCAUGAGUGCCAGGACCGUGUGAUCUGAACUGCGUCUUCCACUGACUUCCCAGCACCGAGGUGUUGUUGAUCCUGUGCUAUGGAGGACUGCCUUCACACCUCCUCCGAAAACCUCUCCAAGCUGGUGAGCUGGGCCCACAGCCAUGGGACCAUCUGCAGCCUCAUCCCCAACCUCAAGCACCUGCUUUCCGAGGGGGCCCAUGGCAACCUGACGGCCAUGUGGGGCUGUAGCGCUGGCCAUGCGUACCACUGGCCCCUGGCUGCCACUUGCCGGGCUGGCUCCCAGGAGCGUGUCUGCUUCCAGGACAGCCGCAGCUUCAACUCGGACAGUCCCAGCAUGCUGGGUGUGCCAUCAGAGGCACAGGCCAGCCCCCUGGAGCGCUACCCCGGUCGGACGGGGAAGACCAAGCUGGAUUGCACCCGCACUCGCGACUCCUGCGACUUCUCCUAUUGCAGCGAGCCAUCGGAGCUGGGUGAACCUGUGGAGGAGUACGAGGAUGAGGCCACUCUCUUCGACAUGGUCUGUGAGUCCUCUGUCACUGACGAGGACAGCGACUUUGAGCCGCACCCCCACCGUGCCCCCGCCGGUCCCCGCAAGCGUCCAGCUGCCGGGCUGCCCACGGCUGCCCAGGCGCAGCCUGCUGAUGAGGGUGGCAGUGACGUGCUCCUCAAGAAGAUCAAGCAGGAGCUCCCUGAGGACUACUAUAUAGUGGCCAAUGCUGAGCUGACUGCCGGUGCUGACGGGCCGGCCCUGGCCCUGACGCAGAUGUCCAAGCCCAAGCCACAGCCCCCGGCUGGCCCCUCCUGCCUGGUACCCACCAGGGCUGUACCCCAGCCUGUCGCCGGCCCUGACCCCGACCCCCAACGCCUCUGCUCCUCCCCACCUGGCCUGCCUCGCAUGGCCCCACAGCGGCCGCCCCGGGGACCCCUGGCCUCUCCAGCACGGGGGGCAGGCAGUGGCCCUGUGGCUGCCCUGCAAGUGCCAGCCACCAGCUCCAAUGCCACCACCACCACUGGGAAACCCAUCAGCAUCCCCCUCUCAGCGCUGCAGCUGCCUGGUCAAGAGGAGCCACCGGCCGCUGAGGAGACUCUCCCAUCUGUCCCACAGCUGACUCCAGGUGGUGAGGUGGCUGGCUCGCCCUCGGUGAGUGCUGAGCCUGAGGUCAGCUCCAGCCAGCAGCAGUCCCAUGCCAUGCCCACCACCACUCCCGAGGCAGUGGUGCAGUUGAUGCCAGACCAGGAUGAGAGAGCAGCAGAGCUCAGCAGAGAGCAGAAUGAGAAGACCAUUCGCAGCACGCAGACGGCUCUCCGCAAUUUCCGAGAGUUCCUCAUCUCCAAGUACCCCUCUGAGACCCGUGAGAUCUAUGUCAUUCCCUGCAAAGAGCUUGAUGCCUACCUUGCUUCCUUCUUUGUGGAUGCCAGACAAAAGGAUGGGUCUGAAUAUGAGCCAAACAGUCUGGCCAACUAUCAGUGUGGACUGGAGCGGUAUCUCAAAGAGCACAGGUAUGGAUACAGUAUUACGAGGGAUAAGGAGUUCAAGAGGUCCCAGGAAGCUCUAAAGCAAAAGCAGAUAGAACUGAGGUGUAAAGGAAAAGGAAACAAGCCACACAAAUCCAUGAAGCUCACCUUUGCUGAUGAGCUUAUCCUGCGCAAAAGAGGCUUAUUGAGCCGGUACAAUCCUGAGGGGCUGCUGAACCUGGUGUGGCUAAACAACACUAAGGCCUUUGGACACUGCACGGGUUUCCACGGGUCUACCCUCAAGUGGGGAGACAUCCGGCUGCGGGUGACAGAGACUGGGUUGGAGUACCUGGAGUGGAUGGGGCCAGACAACGGAGACGUCAGUGCCAAGAGCAAGAGAGGCGGGACAGACUCCCGGGUGUAUGCCACACAGCACUCCCCCCAGACCUGCCCCGUGCAGGACUACAAGGAGUAUGCCCAGAGGCGCCCUCCGGCCAUGCGCUACGAGGAUGCGCCUUUUUACCUGUCCAUCAAACCUGUCGUCAACUUGGCCGCACUUCACUGGUACAACUGCCAAGCCCUCGGGAAAAACAAGCUUGCCAAGAUGGUAAAGACGAUGUGUGAGAAAGGCAACAUCCCUGGCCGGAAGACCAACUUCAGUGUCUACCAGAGCUGUAGCACCCUCUCAGAAGCACAGAGCAACCAGCUGGUGCUGAUCUGCAAUAACUUGAGCCAGCAGGCGGCCCAGUCCAUGGCAAGCCACUCCAAUACUGGCAACUUCAUAGUGUCAGCAUCCUAUGACUCUUCAUCUGACACGGCCUGAAAGAGGGAUAUGACCUGAACACUUUUUUCUUUUCCUUUUUGUUUCAAACAUUGAAUUUGUGCUCAAUAAUACACAUCAACUGUGAUUGUACACUAUUCCCCCCCAUAACCCUCUCUGCAGUGUUAAAUCACUUUAUAAGAAUAUAUAAAUAUAUAAUAUAUUUUUCUUUUUGCAAAUAAGUCAACAGAAAUAGUUUAGUAUUACUAACAUAGUAUUUAUAGUGUUAAUACAAAAAUGAAAGGUACUUAUGGAUUCUAAUAUAAAUGCAGAUUUUAAAAGGAUAAAAAUGGUUCUCAGGCAACACAAGAUAGACUGAAAAUACCCUCUGAAAAUACCAUUUUUAACAUACAUAUAUUAGUGAGUGUAAAUCCCCAGAGAGGCUUACGUAGCAAUUCUGUUUCAAAGCAUUUUUUCAACUUGGUAUUUUAACAUGGCCUCCCACUGUGGGGGAGACAGACUUUACACUGGCUGCUGCUUCUUACCUGCUGGCUUAUUCUUGAUCAACAAGACCAAGACAUAAGAAAUACAUCAAUGUAAGUUCACAAAACCAUUUACAGCAUUUUUGUCUGUUUUUUAUUAUGUUUUCUGAGGCUCAUUUGUGCUAAAAAAAUCCUGAAGUCAGCUAAAAGCUAUUUUUAACUUUUGUUUUUGUUGAUUUUUUUGGGAUCAGAAAUGUUGCUGGUUUUUAGACUAAAAAGUGUUGUUCUCAACAAUAUGCAAAAGUAUAAUGACAAAACCACUGUCAUACACAUAAUUUUAUCUCUCUAGGCAUAGAUUGUUAGUGUUUUGUCACUGUGUGUAGAUAAUAUAAAAUCUGUUGACUCAGAGCAGUCUUUCAGUAUUCUGGGAAAUGCAACAGUGCAGAAAAAUCUUCAGUCUUAUCCCAAACUGUACAGAAAAAUCACAUCAAAUAUGUCUUUAGCCAUCAUUUGAAAUCCACCAAACAAUAGAGAGUGGGACAAUAAUUUCUACAGAAUUAAAAAAUUUUAUAGAGAAUUUAAAAGCUGGUUAGUUUUAAGAGCUGAAAUACAGAUUUGAAUUGGCUACACAUCAUCUAUUUCCAUUGCAGACAAUGUAAAAUGUGCAUGUGAAUCUGAAGGCAGAAUUUGGUCCUUAAAGCCUUGAAAUAAUGAAUGCUGCUGUUCCAGCAUCUGACUUUGCAAUAUGAUUGUUCUUCUCCAAUGGACAAAAUACUAACAAAUUCACUAUUUCAGUGAAUGAUUAUAAUUCUUGACCUUUAGAAUUAUGAAUGGUACUUUUCAAGUAAUUAAGCUUAAGUUUAAGUUCCACAAGGAUGUGCUAGGGCUAUAAUGAGGCUUUAGACAAGUCUGCUAGGGUAAUCUGCCUGCUGAAGUCAAUGAAAGCGUCAGCCUCAGCUGACUUUCCCUGGGUGUUGGAUCAAACUAUUACUGAGGGGUUUUCUUGUUUUGAGAUUCUUAAUUGUUGUGUUUCUUUAUGUUUGUUUGUCUUUAUUUCUUCACAUUCCUGCAUAUCCUUCAUAUUCUUUAGAUCUGCAACUGUGCAAUGACUUUAAUCAUCACUAAUUCCAAAGAAAAGGUGAAACAAAAGUAGCAAAUAGAAAUAACCCACCUGGCACCUAAAACCUCUUUUCUGUGUUGCUAGGAUGAAAUGUUCCUGUGUGUGAGGGAGGUGGCAGAAUGUCUGCACCUCACUUAAGCCUUACUGAAGGUCUGAUCUGGGGAUGAAAUAGGUAGCAGAUGUGCCACUGGAAAGUCUUAAGUGCAGAGAUUUCCACUAUAAUAAGUAUCUGUCCUCCCAGGAAGCUUUGUGCAGGUGACACAACCUGGCUCUUAUCUCUUUGUUCUCCACAUGUAGCAGGGCUGGUACAAAGUCUGGGCUUCCUAUAUGCCAGCUGUCCUGGAGUCUUGGCAUGCCAUGGCAGUGUAACCCCCAGCUCUACAGCCUCCCAUUUACUGGUCACUGUCUCUCGGGGCUGUUGGGUAAGCAGUGGACUGGUGGGCACAAGCAGUCAGUCAUAUAUAGCCAUCAUUUUAUAGCUUGGUUUUGGAAUUUGAGACCAAAUUAUGACACUAUUGAAGUGACUGCAAGCUGUCUCCACGAUUUUCAGUACCAUGGCAACUCUGACUUGUAUGUAAAGGAGACAGAAGCACAAAAAGGCUUAAGGUGAAGGACAACUGUCCAGUUUCCAGAUGAGGUGAGACAUCUGAUUGCUGUUUGCACUGCCUUGCCUUUCCUUGCAGUGCUUUUAAUGUGAUACAGAUAAAAAUAGUUUUGCAAGGCCUGUGCUGCUCUCUGUGGAAUUUCUGUGCUGUUUUCCACUGAGGACUCAUGCAGCUGCUUAAUAUUUACUGGAGUGCAGAAAAUCCCACGCCAAGGAGCUCUCUAGGGGUGCCAGGUGAGAGUUCAACCACAGAGCCUGCCACUAGGAAAGUCUGGUCUCUGUUUCUCCCCCAUUGGCACUCAUCUCAACAUUUCCAGUGGCAGCUAUUGCAGGAUAUGACCCACUUCCCUACAUUUCCUUUCCUGUUCUGCAAUAUGGGGAUGGGCAUCAGCUGGCCUUGGUGGAACAGCAGAUCUCCACUUCCCACCUCUCCUCCCCUGCCCAACAGCCUCACUUCACUCCGAGGAGCAGAUCACAGGCUGUGCAUGGGCUAUGCUACAAGCAGACCUUUGAAGUGCUACUUCACAUCAGCGCUGAAAUUCAGCCCCAACACAGACCUCAGAAGAAAGAACGCUGGCACUGUUGAGUUUUGAACAGGAAGGUCAUAAGAAGCACUUCCUAUGACUUUGUAAUUCCACAUGCUGCCGAAGUUGUUGAUUACCAGAGUAUUAGGAUGGUUUGUGCUGAUGUCCAGCACAUGCACUGGGUGAGGCAACGUCUCUGAUACCCUUGACUUAGGAGGGCACAUCACCAGCCUUUGCUUGUCUGUUUGGGGGAUAAACUGUGGCGUAUCUGUGCUUAUUGUGAUAGUCUUGGUAUUAUCACAAGGAAGGCCAAGGCCCAACUGGAAUUAAAUCUUGCCAAGGAUUUCAAUGACUUGAAAGGCUUCUUCAAAUAAAUCAAAAACAAAAGGAAAACUAAGGAUAAUGUGGGCUCAUUAAUAAAUAGAGGGAUCACCUUGAUAACAGAGGACACAAGUUACUGAACGCCACCUUUGUAUUGGUCUUCACUGACUGACAAGACCAGCCCUCAGGAAUCUCUAACCCAGGACACCAGGGUAAAGGAAUGUUGGAAGUCAAGGAGGAUUGGGUCAGAGAACACCUAAUCAAACUUGACGUCCAAAGUCCGUGGGCCCUGAUGGAAUACAUCAAUGAGUGCUGAGAGACCUCACUGUGCAGCCCUUCUGAAGGAUCUCAACAGGCUGGAGAGAUGGGCAGAGAUGAACUGUCUGAACUUCAACCAAGGCAAAGGCAGGGUCCUCACCUGGGGAAGAAUAACCCCUCACACCAGCACAGGCUGGGGGAUGACCUGCUGGAAAGCAGCUCUGUGGAGAAGAACCUGGGGGUUCUGGUGGACAUGUAGGUGUCCAUGAGCCAGCAGUGUGUCCUUGUGGCCAAACAGGCCAGUGGUAUCUUGGGGAGUAAUAGGAAGAGCAUUGCCAGCAGGUUGAGGUAGGUGAUUCACCUGCCCUGCUCAGCGCUGGUGAGGCCUGACCUGGAGUGCUGUGUCCAGUUCUGGGCUCCUCAGUACUCCUGGAGCAGGUCCAAUGGAGGACAACAAAGAUGAUUAAGGAACUGGAGUAUCUCUCUGACCACACACUGGGACAGAUUGCCCAGAGAAGUUGUGGGCUCUCCCUCACUGGAGAUGCCCAAGAACUAUCUGGGCACAAUUCUGUGCUAGGUACUCUAGGAUGGCCCUGCUUGAGCAGGCAGGUUGAACCAGGUGACCCACUGUAGUCUCUUCCAACCUGACCCUUUCUGUGAUUCUGUGAUUAUAGGAGAAUUUUUUCCUGCUUUGUGGUAUGUCUUGUAAUUCCAAUUUACGGUUACUGCUGAUUGCAGAUUGCCUGGCAGAUUUGGAUGGGGCAGCCCCACAUAGACUGCUUGUUAAAGAAGUUAAACAUAUAUGGCCAGGAUAUGAUACUCAAGUAGUAUUAUAGUCCAAAAAUAAAUGUAUUAGCUUUUAAGGACAUGUAAUGCAACAUAUAUUCAGUCUUCAUUUGUGGACAGUUACAAGGAAUUGAGUGACCACAGCUUAUUUAAUUACCAUUUGUAUUAAGGCCCUGAAAGGUUGUUAACUCAUUGGGAGGGAGAUUUAGAAUUUAAACCACUUUCAUGGUUUUGUCUCAUACCUGUAGAAGAGUCCCUGUAGCUGACAGGGAACAACUCAGUUGCUUGUAAUUAUCUCCCAGUACUCCAACUGAGUUGGAGUUCCUGUUCCAGCAGCAAAUUGCAAGCUCAUGACAAUGGUGUGCAGCUUCCAUGGUGCUAAGACAGAGCAACAUGGCCAGGAGCUGCUGCUGCCAACUCUUACCAGCAUUCCCCUUUGCCUAAAUGAAGUACUGGAGUCUCCUACCAUGGCUCUUGAUGCUGAGUACCUUUGACCAUGAAAUCAAGGGCAACUGGCAAAGCACUGUCCUGUCCCUGUCCAGCACAGGCUGCAGAUGGUGGUAGGGUGUGGUGGCUGCAGUGAAGCACUGCAGGUGGCUGGCUGCAUUCCUGGCUACAUCAUACUCUGAAGUAAAAGCUGAGCUUUUACCCAGCUGUAAGAUUGUGAUUUCCUGAAGCUGGGGGCAGCUGGCUCCAAAAGGGGGCUUGCUUUUCUCCUUUCUUUUUCCUUUCUUUUUUUCGUGCCACUCACCUUUAUUUUACCUGGUGUUAGAGCUCUUCAGGGAGUGAUUUCAAUUCAGUAGCCCAGCAGAAACACAG